AAAGCUCUGUUUACUGUCGUUAAGUUUUGUUAUUUUAUUCUAAUAGCAUUUUUCUCUUGCUCUCAGGUGUGACUGGCAGAUAUGAUGGAGAGUUUAAAUUCACGGUUUGAUUUCCCCAGCCCAGUCGUACAAGCCCAGACGGUGAGAAAUCUCGUUGCUGCCGUCCUAAAGGAGAAAGGGACAAAAGGGCAAAUCACACAGUCUUCCACCCAGGGUCCAGCUUUGGAGGCCCUGUGGCAGCAGUGCUGCAGCGACUGUGUCCUGGUGCGUUCAUCCUGCUGCGAUGCCGCUGUGCUGCUGGUGGAUCAAGGACACGCAGACCUGCACUACGUCCUCAACAGUAUUCUCAACCUGAUGCCCUCAGCCAGACAUGUCCAGGGGCUGAUAAAGGUCAUUGGACAGCUGCUACAGAUGCAGGCAGACCAGAGGGAUAAAGAGACACACUUCACCUGUCCUUACUCUAUCAAGAGCAGCCCUCACCCCUACAUCACUGCGCUGGAGAACCGAGUGGACUGCUGGCCAGCUCUGCUUCUGGAGAUUGAUUACUUCAUUCAGCAGGCUGCUGACAGAAAUGAACCAGCUUACAUCACCAUGCUGGCCCCCUUCCUGCAGUACCUGUACUGUGAAACUCAGAGGCAACCCCAGCACGCUCUCCUGCGGCACAGUCUCCUCAGGGUGCUGCUGCCCAUACGUCCAGGAGUGGGAUCGUUCCUCCUGAACAAGGACCUGGAGCAGACCUCCCCAGUGGCAGAUAGCCUGCUGUAUUGCCUCUGUCAGCUGGUGCCACACAUGCAGGUGGACAGCGUGGAGGCGGUGCUGGAGCUCUGUGGGUUCAUAGAUGCUCUGCUCCCAGGUGUGUCCCUCUCCUCUGAGGAGCGCUGGAAAACUGUGAGAGUGGAACUCCUCCUCCAGCUGCUGUGUGCCUGCCAGCGCUGCCUCAGCUUAAAUGGAGACUGCCGACCUCCUCUCAGCUUAUUACAGCAGCUCCUGCCUGCCUGCCAACAGGAGCUCCCAUUGGAUGAGCUGUUGAUGGGCGUGGCUAUGCUCCUGCUCAAGGUCCCUGCAGCUCAGCAGACCAGCCUGCUCAGUCUGGCCCUGAGUUUAGUUCCUGAGCAGGAUGAGCUGGCGCCCUGGUUGAGUCCGGUCCUGGUUCUUCCUGUGCUGCAGCUGCUGUCCGUCUCGGGGCUCACUGAGGCGCUGGCUGAUCGGCGGAUACACAGCCUCAACCAGGACUUGGCCCACAGCCUGCUGCGCAGCAUCAGCAGACAGACAGAUCGACCCCGACAGUCUGGUCCAGCACUGGCAAUUCCACUCACUUCCUGGUACAGCAACCUCAGUGUGGCACUAUCCACACUGUGUAAAGUGGCAGAUGACCCGGCAGCAGCAGCUGAUUGGCUGCAGUCAGUCAGCUCAGCCCUGUUCUCCUGUCAGAGCCAGCUCAGCUCCCUCAGCCUCAUUGUGAGCCAUCUCAUCAUCACGGGCAGGGAGGACGUCUGCCGGCUGGCUCUGGAGGCCGGCCAGGCCCUCGCUGCAGCCGACCCCUGUCAGGUCCCUUCCCUUAUUCCUGUUCUGUUGUUUAAACUGGGGAAGGAAAAGAAUCCAGGCCUUGCACAUGCUGUGCUGAACUCCCUGCCACACCUCGGGACUCAUAAGCUCUGCGUCCCCAUGGUGCUGCAGACUCUCCACAUGCUGGCCAGCGCCCCCAAGCUGAGACCAGUGGCACUGCGCCUCAUGACUGCUCUUUGGAAGAAACAGGAUCGGAUCUACCCUGAGCUGCAGCGUCUGCUCGGCCAGCAGGACAGUCGGGUGGUCGUGGGGAGGGACGCCCAGUGGGAGCAGAUCCUGGCCAGGUCCGCCUGCCUCAGGGACAUCUGCACAGAGAGGCCUUACCAGCAUGGAGGUGACAUGCUGGCUGCUAUAACACUCACCCUGAAGCAGUGCAACAGACCGGACAUGGCGACCCCGGCUGCUCUCGCCCUGCAAGGACUACAGGAGCUGUGCCGGGCAGAGGUGGUGGACAUUGUCUCAACAUGGAGAAGUCUGGGACCCGAGCUGAGCUGUGACUCCCGUCCACUGAUGGUCAAAGCCAUCGCUGAACUUCUCGCUCUGGUUCCCCAGCUCACCGUCAAGUCAGAGGAGUAUGAGAAACUAAAGGAAGAGGUGGUCAGCUUUCUCUGGAAUUAUGCAUUGAGCAAGGAUGUGGAGGUGGCGAGCUGUGGCUACAGGGCUUUGGCAGAUUUUCCUGAAGUGGUCCACACAAUCAACCUUCUUCCUGAGGCAGCCAGACCAGCUGAAAAGCCCCAUGAAAAUGUGGAGGAGGAACAAGGGAAGGAGGAGGAGGAGGAUGAAGAAAAGGAUCUCUCCAUCCCAGGUUCAUCUUAUGUGAAGCUGAUGGCUCUCACCCCUCCAUCUGUCCUACCAGCUUACGGACUCUUGCUGACCUCACUGGUGAAGCAGGAGAUGAGCCAGAUGCCUCGGGGGGUCUACUUUUCUGCCCUAAGGGGGGAAAACCUGAGAUCAGAUCAGGGUAAAACUGUGGCUGGAAUUCCAUCAUUCAUGCUGAAAACCUACGAGAAGAACAAGCAGCCUGGGCUGAAGCCGGGACUAGCAGCUGGACUGCUGCUCUGUUACAAGCUGCCUGUGCAGACGGACCGUGACGGCAGACCGAUUGAUCGUUUUCUCAUAAGCUGCAGCCGCAGCUACCAGCAGACCUUGGCAGCCCUCAUUCAUGAAGUGAACAUUCAGCCGUCCGAAUGGCACCGUGCUCUCCUCCUGCCCCAGGCCUGGAGAGGCUUCAUGAGUCGAGCUUUCCAUGCUGUUCUACAGGGUCGACGUGCUGAUUUGGGGAUGCAACAGAAACAAGGCAAAGAGGACCCACAGGAGCUCCAGUACAAACAACACUGUGCCUGGCUGUGGGCCAGAGACCAGCUGGCAGGCGUCAUCAAAGCUGCUACAAAGGACAGUCCUGUUGUUCAGGGAAACUCCAUCCUGGCUCUGAGCGGCCUGGCUGCUGUCCUGGCUAAAUAUGAGAGCAGCCUGCCUCCUGAUAGCAACGGCAGCGUCAUGGCUGGACCAGAGUUUGUGCCUACAGCCAGCUGGUUGGACAUGGUCCUCAACACCCUGCUCAGCAUCAGCAGCAGCAGCUACAAGGCCAGAGGACAAGUUUUCCCAUGGUUCCUACAUCGUUCCUACUCAGGCGAGAACACAGCGAGUGCCAUAGCUCGCUCCUGUGCCAGCCUGGCGUUGUCGCUGCUGGUCCCGGUGCUGGUGGUGUGGCAGAGCGACGGUCUGCUGCAGGUCCUGUCAGUGCUGCAGGCAGGCCUGCCAGGCUCCCAGACCACUGAAGACUCCCAGGCUGUCCAGUUCCACUACGGCCUGGCGCUCGGCAUGGUGCUGUCCAGUCUGCACCACCAACGUCUCAGUGAUGUCUCUGUGCAAAAGGACACUGAUAUCCUCCUUCGCUGUCUGGAUGCUCUGGAAAGUUGCUCCUUCAACCCAAACCUUGAAUACAAUUCUGGCUGUAUGUUAGGUCUGGGUCUGGUGCUUGCAUCUCUCUGCAGCAGUGAACAGAAGGCCCAACAUGUCCGCGUCACCCAAACGCUAGACAAACUACUGUCCACCCUGCAGGACAGCAGUGGGCGGGGACGCAUGCUGCAGGAGGUCUUGGCAUACUCUGUGGCAUGUGUGGGUGUCUCGGCCUUUAGAGGAGGUCUCAUAGAUGCUGCCAAGGCUGAGGAGGUCAUGAACACUCUGCGCACCUUCACUGAAGAAAGCCAGCAGACUCCAGGUUUCUCCAUGGCUCUUGGGCUGGUGGUCCAUGGCCUGUUAAUGUCCGGCCAUGGUAAAGCAGAGGAUAUCCAUCCUCGUCUCCUGGCUGCAUGGAUCAAGAUCCUGUUGGCUGAGGGUUGCCCCACUAUGCAGCGCCUGGCUGCUGUCAACGGCCUGGUGGCUCUAGUCGGAUCUGAGAGUUACCUCAUUCAGCAAACAAGUGAGUUGGAGAUGGACUCCCAGCAACAGAACAGGCUCAAUGAGGUUAUUCGAGCCAUCACACAGAUCAUAACGUUCUCAGGAGCCAUCGGUUUGCAGUCCAACAGUGCUUGUUUGGUUGGUCAUUUGCAUUUGGCCCAUAUGUCCACCAGUCACACUCACAUAGCAGUUCCUCAGGAUUUCAGUUACCUCUCAGAGAAAAGUCUCAUUAGAUCCAUCAUUGACUUUAUCACAGAGGCAGGAAAAAAAGGUCCAGAGUUUUCCCAUCCAGCUCUGGUUAAGACUGCUCUGAGCCCACUGGCAUCAGUUGGAGCCACGUUCCAGUACCCACCCAUCAACUGGGGCGCUAUCUUAUCCCCACUGAUGAGGCUCAGCUUCGGAGAGGAUGUACAGCACCAGUGUGUGCUUCUGGCAGCGUGUCAAGCUCAGUCGUCUCAAAGUGCCUCUCUCUUUCUGGGCUCAUGGCUGUCACCGCCGCUUGUGCACAGUCUCAGUUACCAGACUCGGGCUUACCUGUAUGAGAGCCUGGGCUUGUGGAUGAAGCAUGUUGCUGAAGAUAAGCUCCAGGUUUACGUGGAGAGUCUUGGCCUGCAGCAGUUCAAGGAGGACUGUCGACCCCAGCGUCUGUCCCUAUGCCGCUCCCUGCUGCAGGGCCUUGCCCAGGCUAUGGCUCUCCCAAACCCUCCCAAAAACUGCUGGACCAUCCUUUGCUCCACCACAGAGAAGAUCUUCACCCUGUUGCCAAAUCAAAUCCAGGAUAACGAGGUUGAUUUGUACGUGGGAAGCGCCAAAUGUCUUUCUGAGAUGUCUGAUGCAGAGAUUGACCGAAUCGCAUGUGUCACAGAGGCUCAGAUGGAGAAGACCUGCUUCAUCCUGACUUACUUGACCUCCAAAGGCCGAAUUCCCCUCCUGGGUCUAAAUGACAUCAUUGCCGGUGUGCUCCGUGGUUGGCCACGCCACAGAGUCGGCUGGUUUCUCUUGCAGACUUUUUACCAGUGUCGCCUGGCCACCAACCCCAAUACAGGUGUUCUGAAGCGAAUGGAGUGGCUCCUGGAGCUGAUAGGACACGUCCGAAAUGUUGCCUAUGGGACAACCCCUGUCACCUGUGGAGACGUUAAACUGGCCACAGACUUUCUGUUCCAGGUCUUUGCUGCUGCUGUAGUUUCCUGGGGUGACCACUUCAUGCCCCUCCUUCUUGGCACCAGGGCCCAGUGGUUCCCAUGGCAAACUAGCGCCAAGCCCCAAACUCUGCAACACAGUCUGUACGGUGCAGAGUCCUCCACUGAGCAUGCUCUGCCACAGUGCAUGCUGGGAAUGCCCCAGAGCCUGGCUCUGCUUCUGGACAAAGAUCCCUGGAGCAGCCAGACACACAAGUUCAUAGAGUGGCUUUUCAGCAUCGCAGAAGGUCCUGAAGAGAGUCUGUCGGCCACAACCAUCAGCACAGCCAAAGCUGCCCUGUUGGCCCUCAAGUCCUCCGCUGAGUUCAAGAAGAAAGCUGUGUGGACCAGAGCGUACGGAUGGUAGCCCAGAGGAGCCAGGACACUCUGCUUCUGACAUGCUUUAGUGUGGCGCUAACUGCAGCCACAUGGACUUUGUACAUCUUAAAUAUACCCGGCUGUACUGUCAUCACAUAUCACAACGGCAAGAGGAACGUCUUCUGUCAAAACAUUAAAGGUUCAUCAAACACAGGAAACCA